UAAUAGUAAAAAAAAGAAGGUGAACUGGUAUUACUUAGGCUUACUGAAACGGGAAACACUGGACAUUUGUCAGAAAUGGUUCUCUCCAAAUCGAUGUUCUUGGCAACCAAACAAUGACUCGGUCUAAUCGCCCUUGACUAGCUACAAUAGCGUCCUAAUACACGCGCACACACAAUUUCUUUCUGGUAAGCUCAAUCAACUUCAUACUAUCUUUCGUUCCAAAAUGCUCUUAUGGAGUAAAGUUUUUUCCCCCCCUCUUCGAUCUCUGCUAAAACCCAAGUUUCUUUAGUAAAAGGGUUUUGCAGACAUCCAAUUUAUAUUCACCCUCAUCUGGUACCAUAUUCUCCCUCAUCUGGUACCAUAUUCUCAUCAAUAGAAAUUCAUCUAAACCAUGUUUUCUUCCAAUCUAAAUUUGUGGUUUUCUCCAAAUCCUUCAAAAUCUAAUACAUGCUCACUUUCUUUUCAAUUUCAAUCAAACCCAUUUCGCCAUUUAGCCCGAAAGUCCCCUCCACACAAUACUUUCCCUCAAUAUUCAUUAUGUUCUCAGAUUCGUUGUGGUCUUCGUGAGUUAAAAGGUCGCAUUAAUACUGUCAGAAGCGCUCAAAAGAUUACUGAGGCGAUGAAACUUGUUGCAGCUGCUAGGAUCCGAAGAGCUCAAGAAGCUGUUAUCAACAGCAGGCCCUUUACCGAAGCCCUCCUUGAAAUACUUCAUAGCAUCAAUGAACAGCUCCAAUUGGAUGAUAUUGAUGUUCCAUUAACGAAUGUUAGGCCUGUAAAGAAAGUAGCACUUGUUGUUGUUACUGGUGAUAGAGGUCUUUGUGGUGGUUUUAACAAUGCAGUACUAAAAAAGGUUGAGACCCGGAUGAUGGAAUUGGAAAAACUGGGGUUAGAUUACUCUGUGAUUAGUGUAGGCAAGAAGGGCAAUGCCUAUUUUAAGCGUAGACCUAAGAUUUUGGUGGAUCGAUUUAUUGAGGGAGGGACCUUUCCCACAGCCAAAGAGGCUCAACUGAUUGCUGAUGAUGUGUUUUCGUUGUUUGUCAGUGAAGAGGUGGAUAAGGUAGAGCUUGUGUACACUAAGUUUGUUUCUUUGGUGAAGUCUGACCCGGUGAUUCAUACAUUGUUGCCCUUGUCACGUAGAGGAGAGGUUUGUGAUAUGAAUGGGAAUUGUAUUGAUGCUGCAGAUGAUGAAUUCUUUAGGUUGACCAGUAAGGAAGGGAAGUUGGCUAUUGACAGGGAGAGUGUAAGAACAAAGAAAGAGGGAUUUUCACCUCUUUUGCAGUUUGAGCAAGAUCCAAUUCAGAUUCUUGAUGCUAUGAUGCCUCUUUAUCUAAAUAGUCAUAUUUUGAGGGCAUUACAGGAGUCAAUGGCUAGUGAGGUCGCAGCAAGGAUGAAUGCCAUGAGUAAUGCUACAGAUAAUGCAGUUGAUUUGAAAAAAAGUCUUUCUAUUGCAUACAAUCGAGAAAGACAAGCAAAAAUUACAGGGGAGAUUCUGGAGAUUGUAGCUGGAGCAGAGGCACUAACAGAUUUAGAGUAAUUAUAGGUCUUUGUUGUCCUUGAUCCACUCGUGUUUCUCCUAUAUCCAUUAUGCUUGCUAUUUUUUAUUACCUAGAGCUAAUACCAGCUAUAAUUUAGAUUGACAUUUCUUUAUUGUAAGCAUAGCCUGAGUCCAUAUCAGACUAUGAUAUGAAAUAAACAUGAAAGUAAGAUUCACACAAUGGGUUGUGCAUUUUGGUUCCAUUUCAUGGUAUGGAAUCCACCAUCCCUCUCCCUCCAUCUAUACGUGUGUGUGUUUUUGGGUAGAAUUUGUACCUGCAGAUGCUUGAAGUUAAAACCAGGUGCACUUGCUCCAUUCAGGGACUCUAAAAUCAACACAGAUCUCACAACCCAACUCACUUGUGAAUCGGCUUAUCUAUGAAUCCAUGUUAACAGCAAUAAUUUAAUGAUUUUGGAUGCUGUCAAUCUUUUGUUUCAUUAGCAAACAAAUUAUAUAAUAUUUGCUAGACAUGUAUUAUGUUUCUUUUA